UGGAUGGUGGUGCCAGUGAGAGCACUGCCCUGUCCCUCUUGGUCCUGCCACUUUGCGCCCCCCCAAACCCCGCCCCGCCCCGGGCCGUGUCUAGAGCUCUGAGGCACUGGCACAAUGAGGGUUACAGCUGGGGCCCCUCCCAGUCUCCUGAGCCACCAUCCCUUAGCAACAGGCCUGCCAGGCAGGACGCGAUGCCAAUGCUGGGUAGAACGGGCAGGAGCCAGAGCAGUGGCUGUCUGGACUCCAGGACCGUUGCAGGCCAGGCGAGCAGGCAGGUGGACAAGGCAGGCUCGUGGCACCGGACCAGAGCCUGGUCGGCCGAGUGGGAGUCCUUCCUUGAACUCUCCCCCGGCCAGUUGCCCAGCGCCCGACCCGCCAUGGAUGCUGUGGACGCCACUGUGGAGAAGCUCCGGGCACAGUGCCUGUCCCGAGGGGCCUUGGGCAUCCAGGGCCUGGCCAGGUUUUUCCGCCGCCUGGACCGGGACAGGAGCCGGACCCUGGACUCGGGGGAACUCCAGCGGGGCCUGGCUGAGCUGGGGCUGGUGCUGGACGUGGCCGAAGCAGAGGGCGUGUGCAGGCGCUGGGACCGUGAUGGCAGCGGGCUGCUCAACCUGGAGGAGUUCCUGAGGGCACUGCGGCCCCCCAUGUCCCCAGCUCGGGAGGCAGUCACUGCAGCUGCCUUUGCCAAGCUGGACCGCAGCGGGGAUGGUGUGGUGACCGUGGACGACCUCCGGGGGGUGUACAGUGGCCGCGCCCACCCCAAGGUGCGAAGUGGGGAGUGGACCGAGGAGGAGGUGCUCCGCCGCUUCCUGGACAACUUCGACUCCUCCGAGAAGGACGGGCAGGUCACGCUGGCCGAAUUCCAGGACUACUACAGCGGCGUGAGCACCUCCAUGGACACAGAUGAGGAGUUUGUGGCCAUGAUGACCAGUGCCUGGCAGCUGUGA